UAUAAGGUCCCUUUAAGACAAGACUAAUGAACCGCGUGCGCAAAUCAGCGGGCCACAGCACUGCCAAACAGACAGACAGACACCUAUGGUGUGCUUUAAGGAGCCUGGAGAGGGAGAGAGACAUAGAGCAAGACAGGCAGAGAGAGAGCGAGACGAGGUCCGCGGACAAUGAUGAUGAUGGAAUACAUGACGGACAAGUUCCCCAUGAAGAGUGAAGCGAUUAAGGGCAGUGAGUACUACAUGGGCUCGGGCAGCACUCUGGAGCAGGUGAUGGAGAGCCUGGAGAGUGUGCAGUACUACGACAAGACUUCACCUAAGUGUGUGCACUCUCACUCCUACACCCUGCAGAACAGCGAGCAGCACAGCAGAAUGGACAGGGCCUCGCCAUGUGACAACCAAAGCAAUCCCGCGUACCGGGCGGCCGAGGCCGAGGACGAAAGCGCGCGCACCGCCGCCGAAAGCCGCGAGCGCAGCGACGGGGACGAGCUCGCGGAGAAGGCGGACAGUAACGUCACCAGCAGCAAAAAGCGGAGACACCGGACCACCUUCACCAGCGCGCAGCUCGAGGAGCUGGAGAAGGUCUUCCAGAAAACUCACUACCCAGAUGUGUACGUGAGAGAACAGCUGGCCAUGAGGACAGAGCUGACCGAGGCCAGAGUGCAGGUUUGGUUCCAGAACCGCAGGGCUAAGUGGAGGAAGCGAGAGCGGUACGGACACCUGCAGCAACCCAAAGGCCCUUACAGCAACACAUACGAGCUCACAGCCUUACCCAGAACAGACACCUACUCACAGAUUCCCAACAACCUGUGGACGGCUCAGUCACCCAGUGGCUCCAUGGUGUCGUCCUGCAUGAUCCCACGAGGUUCCCCUCCUUGUGUGCCCUCCCCGUACCCCCACUCUCCACGAGCUCCAGAGCACGGUUACGUGGGCUUCCCAAACCACCAACAAAACCAGUUUGGCGUCAAUCACGUCUCCCUCAACAACUUCUUUGCUGAUUCACUCUUGGCUCCAGCACCCAGUGGACAUGCAGCAUUUGAGAGCAAGCCUGAAUUUGAGCGGCGGUCCUCCAGCAUCGCUGUCCUGAGGAUGAAGGCAAAAGAGCACACGGCCAACAUUUCCUGGGCUAUGUGAGCCACUCUCUCAGACUCUUACACAUAGCAAUAAUACAAGGAGUUUAACCUUAAAGCAUUGAUAGGGCUGAUGGUCUUGAACUCUUGAAUGACUGAAAUAUAAAAUGAUUUCUUUAAAGAGCUUCAAAAUUGCAGACAGCACCAUUGUAUCAUUCCUUCACAUGCUGAAAUACCGAAAUUAGAAGUUGGCUAUAGAAUAGAAGUUGGUUAUAGUUUAAAAAGGAGUCUCUUUAGGAAUCAAUAGUGUGCCUUGUUAUUCCUGAUGCACUUACAAUGAUGUGAAAACAGUGGCACAGGGAGCGUUAGGAGAUAAACAGCAUUCUGUUCUCAGGACUUAGAGCAGAGGUGAUGUCUCUGAUAUACUAACAUUUUGUUUGUGUGCUUUGAAGCAAAGCUGUGUACAACUCAAACCUGUGGCUGGCUUAAGCUCUGCCACAAUCGGAGGAUCAUUUCAUCCUCUGUGAUAACAUUAUUUGAAUAAAAUUUAUUUCAUUAAA